AUGGAAGAAUAUAUUCCAUUUGACGAAAUCGUGCUACAGUAUGAUCCAAAUAAUGCAGGAAAAGUUUCAAUUCGUAGUUUUUUAGAAAUCGUUGAUGAUAUCGAGGCUUUACGCCAGCCUUCCUCCUAUCCUUUGUUAGAUGCUGAGCAAAGGCAGUCUGCAGAAGAUUUUAUUAAAGACAAUGAAGGAAUCGUGGUUUCGACGAUCGAAAUAAAAAACUUGUUUUAUGAGUUAACAAGCCAAGAUCCAGAUCGAAUCCCUAUUAGCAAAACUAUUAUUAGAAACAGAGCAAGGAGUCGGUCCCAUACUAGCUCAAACCCGUACUCCAAAAUUUCAGAGAGGAGACGAUUCAAGGAUAAUGACUUGAGCUUUCAGACACCACAAAAGGCAGUGCCAAUGAGCCAAUCAACCCCUUUCGCAGAGAUUACAAACGCAAAGGAUAUUAAAAAUAAUAUCUAUGGGACAAGACGACGAAAUGGAAAUCAGGAUGAGACGCUAGCUCAACUAUACGAGCGUGUUCAGUCACAAUCUGAUCAAUUGCGGGCUAAGGAAAUUGAAAAGCAAGAUUUAAAAGAACAAAAUCAAAAGUUAUCUGAAGAGUUAACGGCAUCAGAGGAAGCAUGUAAAUCAUGCUACACGCAAGCGAAAACCUGGGAAAAAAAGUUUCGUGAAACCCUCAAAGAGUCUAAAGAAUUUUCGCAGCAGUUGGAGAGCAUACAUCAAGAAUAUGAAGUACAAACAGCCCACAUCACUAGACUCGAACAAAUCAUUGAGGCAGUUGAGAAUGAACGAAUGACAGAAUCUGACCAUUUGCAAAAGACCUUGGACUCCAAAGCGAAUAUCGCUUUAUUAGAAAGGAACCAACAGCUUGAAUAUCAACUGAAGAUACUAAGAGAAGAAUAUAGUCAACUAAAAUCUCGAAAAACUUCCUCUAAUUUUUCUUUGUCGUCCCCACUUACGGUGAGUCCUAUCUGUUAUCCAUUCCAUUUACCCUCUUUACCUGUGUCUCAAAAAAUGCAGGCCGAUCCACAGCUCACAGCGAGCCUUUCCCUCUUGGCUUCUGAACUGGAGAGUCAAAAACAGUUACUACAAAGGUUCAAUAGAAUUAAGGAAACCCCUUAUCAGGUUUCUGAAGUAUGGAGUAAUAUGCGACAGCGGUUAACGAAAAAUGUUAUUAAUUAUCGGUUUCUACGACUCGCACUUGGAUCUUUAUUUAUGUUUUUGUUUUUUCAUCUUGUAUAUUUUUUCUUCUUUCGAGUCGGUACCAUUCAGCAAUGGCCUUUUGUGUAUUGGCUUCCUUCGUUCGCUCCUGAAACUCAAUGGUCUCCCACCUAA